GGGAAAGCCCGAGGCUCAGUCGGGCGAGAUAUCGGAAGCGAAUAUUGCGGGGAGCAUUCGAAUCAGCGCCGGUGCAAUUGCCCGACAUUGCAAUUCUCUGCGCCGGUGCUCAUUGCGAUCGUCGGAGCCGAAUCGAUCAGCGGCUCCUGCAGUCAUGGAGGAACCGGAUUUCGACGAGUUGACAUGGAUGGCGCAUCAGGGGAUGGAGGACGAGGCAGAGUUUGGAUUCGAGCCCGAGCCAGACGAUUUCUUCCAGGACGAUCCUCGCGAAGAAGCUCGGAACAUGUCCGAUUCUGAGGUUGUCUGCCGCAAAAGAAGUUCUUCCGAGAAUUCUGUGAAGUCUUCAGCAAAGGAUAUUAGUCCCAAAGAAAAGCGGCAUCGAGCUUUAUUCAAAGAAGAUGUACCUUCCUCUGAGCCCGUGCAUUCAUUGCCUCUGCCUGCUUCCGUUUCGGCUGUCAAAGAGAAGGAAAAUAUUGUCAACAAUCGAACCCCAGAGUAUGAUUCUACCUGGUCCAAAAAGUGUGGAGUUUUUCGGAUGGCAAACUCGAUCGAUGGAGAUUACAUAACAAUCACUGCACCGUCCGGUAUCCGAGUUUAUGCUCAACGUAAGCAAAGUCCAGACGCAAACACCAGAUCGAGCUACAAAUUACAUUCUUCAUAUGUCUCUGAAACUAAAGGUCUUCUCCUGCAGUCUAUCGAAGAGAUGAUCGAAGCAGCUCAUCAAUGUCGACUACAAAAGAUGUUUUCGGAGGAUCCCAUGCCUGCCGAUCGAAAGGAGGGUCCGGAGGUUCAAGCAGAAAAAGUGCAUGAAAAGCUGUGGGUAGAGAAGUAUGCACCUAAAUCAUUCACUGAGUUGCUAAGUGAUGAACAAACCAACAGAGAGGUGCUGAGGUGGUUGAAGCAUUGGGACUUCGGUGUUUUCGGCCAGUCAGACAAUGUUCCGACAUCAAAAGAUGUUUUGGCUGCUCUUAGGAAAAAGUCUUUCUCUCGGGAUGGUAGAAAUUUCCAGCGAAACUUCAAGAAGAGCCACUUCGAGUCCAAGAAAGUGUCAACAGAUGACGCAGUCGUAAACUCUACAAACCCAAAUUCUGUGAAAUCUAGUUUCUCGAAGGUGUACGGACUAAAGUCUGCGACUGAAGAUACCAACCAGAAGGUACUUUUGCUUUGCGGUCCUCCCGGACUAGGAAAAACAACUCUAGCACACGUAGUUGCGAACCAUUGCGGAUAUCGUGUGGUUGAGAUAAACGCCAGUGAUGACCGAGUUGCUAGUACAUUGCAAAGGAAAAUACUCGAUGCUGUUCAGAUGAAGUCCGUCACAGGAGACAACCGACCUAAUUGUCUGAUAAUAGAUGAAAUUGACGGAGCCAUCGGAGGAAAUGAAGGGCGUAGCGCUUUGAGGCAUCUUAUUGAAAUAGUCUCUCGUAAGAAAAAGGUAACUGGAGAAAAGUCCACUGAGGAUGGCGCUGCGGGGAAACCUGUGAAGAAGAUGAAGGCCUCUUCGGAAAGCCUAGCACGACCUAUUAUAUGCAUUUGCAAUGAUCUUUAUGCCCCUGCCUUGCGGCCGUUGCGUCAAGUUGCCAGGGUGCAUGCCUUCUCCAAACCGAGUACAAGUAGGAUAGUCACAAGACUGAAGUAUAUCUGCGAAGAGGAAGGGUACAGGACGAGCGUUCGUGCCCUGUCAACCCUUGCAGAACAUACAGAAUGCGAUAUAAGGGCAUGCUUGAACACACUUCAGUUUCUGAAACGCAAAGGGAAGCACCUGGCAUCUCUGGAUGACGAAUCUCUCCGAAUUGGAUUCAAGGACAUGACAACGAACAUCUUAGAAAUCUGGUCUGAGGUCUUCCAUCUCAGAAAAGACGCCCCCUCUAGGCUCUUGAUGCAGCAAGGACGGACGGCAGGUUGUGGUGGUGGUCAAGAACUAUUGCACUUCACCCGUCUCUACGACCUGCUCGGCAACCAUGGUGACCACGAACUAGCAGUCGAGGGCUUGCAUGAGAAUCUUUUGCACAUCCGUUACCAGGAUUCCAGUUUUUCAAAAACGACAGAGUGCUUGCGAUCUAUCUGCGAUUCAGAUAUCAGGAGCAAGCGAGUUAUCUCCAAACAGCAGUUUUUUUUGAAUGCCUAUCAACCGGCAGCGCCUAUCACCAUACGCCAUUUGGUUGCUGGACCAACGAGACCCCAAUUACAAUGGCCAAAAGCAUUUCAAAGGUACAGGACGGACCUAGCAAUGAAGAUGGAGAUAUUGAACUCUUGGAUUAACGGAAUGGCACCCGCAAUUUCUCGAAAUAUUUCUUCUUCCCUCCUUAGCAUAGAACUCAUGACCCCGUUGCUAGCAAUUUUGAGUCCUCCGUUGCGACCGGUGGCUGCACAGUUGUACUCAGCGGCCGAGCAAGAGUCCAUGAAGCAGCUGGUAGAUACAAUGAUUCAGUAUGGUUUGACUUAUAAGGAAGUAGAAGCAAAUAACUUGACAGCUCGGGAUAUGGAAAGCAAGAAUCAGGGCCAAGUUGAUAUUCAACUCGAUCCACCGAUUAAUAGGAUGAUCAACUUUGAGGGAUACAAGGUUCCACACCGCCAGCUUUCAGCCACACUACGACGUUUGCUGGGUCAACAGGUCGAGCAAGAAAAGCUUCGCCGCGAAGCCAUCGGCGUUGUCAAAUCUUGUCAAACGAUGAAUCUAGGUACUUCUUCUCAAAUGUUGAAAGAACAUGGCAAAACGACAUCACUAAACCGUCAUGAAGCAAUCGAACCCGACCACAAGUUGCACCAAGUGGCCAGCGAUAAUCAGAAAGUGAAGGUUACUGACGAGGAUCAUCCAGAAGUUGCAGUCCCUUUGGUUGAAGCUGGAGAGGCGGAAACAUCUUCGUUGAAAGUCACAAACCCACCCAAAGUCACCAACCAUAUGUCCUUUUUUGACAGGAUAAGGAAGGGUGGCCAGUCUGCACAUCAGAACCAGGCACAGACCAGUGCUACAAGUCAAAGGGAUUUGAGACCGCUGCUGUAUAAAUAUCAUGAGGGCUUCACAAAUGCAAUCCGGAGACCCCUUUUAAUUCGAGAACUUCUGUGAUCUAAAGUGUAUGUUCUUCCACGAUCUGGGAAAUACAACAUGCCCAUCUGGCAACCUUCAAGAUGGAAGACACUGGAAGGGAAAGCGUUGGUGUUUACUUGCGGCCUUCAGUAAGAAUCUCGUGACAACCUCUGACUUGGAGAUGAGCAUGCACUUGCCCAGGGUUUCUUCGUGUUAAUGCCUUGCCGACUACGUAUCGGAAUACCAAGAUAUAUGCUAGGACCUUCAGCCAGUCAGAAGAUCGACUGUCGUAUCUUGCUUGCCAAUUGAUACCACACCCGAAGCGAGAGAAGCAGUGAGCGCUGUUGCCGAGGCCUCAGUGUCAUAUCUGCUGGUAUCUUCAGCAAGUCAGAAGAUAGAUGGGUGUUAAACGACUCUUGUUAGGACGGAUUCACUUUUUGCUGAUACUAGCGGAAAGGAUAGGAAAAUUCAAUCGAUUCUCGGAAAUCGGAUGGUCUCGCAAUUGUGGAUGUGCGAAAUUGUAAAUUGUGUUUAAAACCUCGUAAAUCUCGUGCUCGGCGUUCGUAGAAACAAUGUUGACUUCGACCGGAACUUACUUCAUGAGUUCUCUGGUUCUCCUUAGCCAUGUUGAGUAGAAUUUGGCGUCCAAAGAACUGCAUGGGAUCUUUAACUUGAGAUUAUUAUGAUCCCUUAUACAAUCUAGGAAAUUUUAGCUAGUCUUGAAACAAUAUUCUACUGAGAACAGAGUGUCGCCUUGGAUGUAUAGAUUGCAGCAAACAUAAGCAUAACUAUCACCCUGAGAAUCCCGAUCUUUGGGAUCAUUUGCCUUGAGUUGCACUCGGAUUGCAGUGUAAACACCACUAUGACAGUGCGUAAUAGACAAGUCCGUGGGGCAAGGGGCGAAGCCACGAUCAUUUCACUCGAUGCAUCUGAGUUCAAAGAGUUCCGGCGUCGAAAACCUGCAUUGGGAAUCGAAGAGAUAGAGGUCACAGAGCAUGGAUUGAGAAACGUUAU